CUGAUCUCUCUCCAGAGAGUUGCACCAGAGGUCCUGCUCACCAUGAAGCUACUCUUCCAGACGCUGUGUCUCUGCCUGGCCCUGGCGCUGGGUCGCGCCGCACCCACACAUGAUCUGAUGAUGGCAGACCAUCACCAUGGAGAUCAUGGCUCUGCGGGCCACCAUGAUGCUGUACUGGAUCGCUGUGAGGGAAUCGAGUUUGAUGCCAUCGCCCCAGAUGAGAGUGGAGUCAUGCUCUUCUUCAAGGGUGACCAUGUGUGGAAGGGUUUCCAUGGGCAACCAGAGUUGAUCAACUCCUCGUUUAAGGAAGUGGACGAGCAUCAACAUCUGGGCCACGUGGAUGCUGCCUUCCGUAUGCACUAUCCUGAUAACACGGACCAUCACGAUCACACAUUCCUCUUCCUGGAUGACAAAGUCUUCAGUUAUUACCAGCAGUCCCUGGAGAAGGGCUUUCCAAAAGAUAUAUCUGAGGUGUUCCCUGGGGUGCCCAGUCAUCUGGAUGCAGCGGUGGAGUGCCCUAAAGGAGAAUGCGUGACCGACUCCGUUCUCUUCUUUAAGGGAAACACAGUGUACCUCUACGACACCAGGACCAAGACGGUGAAGUCCAAAGAGUGGUCGCACUUGCCCAACUGCACCUCCGCCCUCCGCUGGCUGGAGCAUUAUUACUGCUUCAGCGGACAUGAGUUCACCAAAUUCCACCCAGUCACUGGCACCGUGGUGGGCAGUUACCCAAAAGAUGCCCGCAGGUACUUCAUGCGCUGCCCAAACUUAGGCCAUGGCCAUGGAACCAAUGACACAUCGCGAGAUCUCUGCAAAAAUGUCACAGUGGACGCCAUCACCUCGGAUGACAUGGGCAAGGCUUAUGUAUUCAAAGGUCCUAUUUAUAUGAGGUUGGACACACACCGGGAUGGUUGGCAUCCAUUCCCCAUCAGCAACACCUGGAAGGAAGUGACUGGAGCUGUGGAUGCUGUCUUCACUUAUGAUGGAAAAGUCUACAUCAUCAAGGGAGACCAGGUGUACAUUUACAAAUCAGGUCCAGGUUACACACUAAUUGAAGGGUACCCCAAAAGCCUGAAAGAGGAGUUGGCCAUUGAGGGGCCUGUGGAUGCAGCUUUUGUCUGUGGACAGCAUGAGAUUGCACACAUCAUCAAAGAUGAAAAGAUGUAUGAUGUUGAUCUGACAGUGACUCCCAGAGUCGUGGAUAAAGAAGCUCACCUGCCCUUCAAAAAGGUGGAUGCUGGCAUGUGUGGUCCAGAUGGGGUGAAGAUUUUUGUGCAGGACGAUUUCUAUCGUUACGAGACACCUCAAGUCCUGGCCUUCAGCAAAAUCCGCCCUGAGCCACACAAAAUCUCCAAGGAAAUACUGGGCUGUAACCACUAGGGGGAGCUGCAACCACACACAUUCAUAUCCAGAGUUGGGGUUAGAGAAAGACAGAGGGGGAGGGGGAGCACACAAGCAUAACAGUUACAUUUAUUUCAAUAUAUUAUGGGUCAGGGAGAAUACUUAUUGCCACACAUUCCUACUUAAUGUAUGGAAGAUUAUGUGACUUUGCUACCUCAGUCUUGCUUUGUUACUAUGUGUUUUAAUCCCAGAUUUUAUUUGUUGUUAAACAUAUUAAACAUAGCUCUCCCAUUGGUUAUAUUAAAAAGAAUAAUACAAUUAAAGUGAUAAAAGAAACACUUC